ACUAACGUGAACGUUCAGCCACAGAGCUUGUCUAAGUUCACAACCACAGCCUGGAACAGCACAUUUGGCCACCUGGGAGCUGGAAAGGAUAGAUUCAAAGUAAUGGCUGAAGCAAUACCACUGCGAGAAAAGAAGCAGAAAACUCUACCUCGGUCUGAUGGGUGUGGUCUCAGUAACUUUGACGCUCUGGAUUUGUCUGGAGGCCUAAGGAUAGUCCUGGUGGGCAAGACUGGAUCAGGGAAGAGUGCAACAGGAAACACCAUCCUUGGGAGAGUUGCCUUCAAAGAGGACCCGAGCCCUGUGUCUGUGACCAAACACUGUGAGACACAAAGCGGGGAAGUGGAUGGGACUAUGGUCCAGGUGAUUGACACUCCAGGUCUGUUUGAUACAGGUAUCACAGAGGAAGAAUUAAAAACCAGAAUAGAGGAAUGCGUCAAGAUGUCGGUGCCUGGGCCUCACGCCUUCCUACUGGUGAUCAGGCUUGGGGUGAGGUUCACGGAGGAGGAAAGAAAUGCUGUGAAGUGGAUCCAGGAUAACUUUGGAGAUGAUGCCUCCAUGUACACUAUAAUGCUGUUUACGUGUAAAGAUCAGGCUAAAGCUGACAAUGCUCUGAAGGAGUGCAAGGAGCUACGGAGACUCUCGAUUACAUUUGGACGGAGAUACCAUGCUUUCAACAACAACGACGCAGACGACCGCGUACAGGUCACAGAGCUAAUCACCAUGAUCAAGGACAUGGUAGUGGAUAAUGGGGGGAAACACUACACCAAUGAGAUGUAUGAAAAAGCCCAGAGGAAGCUGAGAGAGGAGGAGGAGCGGAAGAAACAAGAGGAGGAAGAGAAGAAAGAGCAGGAGAGGAAAAUGUGGGAUGCAGAGAGGGAGAAGCAAGAGAAAGAGAGAAUAAAGGAGAAAAGAGUUAAAAGGAGGAAUAUACACGUGGCUUCGGCUGCUGCUGUUGUGUUGGUGCUGGCUGGGGUGAUUAUAGCAGUGGGAGCUAACACCACUGUGGCUCUGGCUCUAGGAGCUCCUGUGCUCAUCCUGGGAAUUUUGUGUGGUUUAGCUGCCAUUUGCAUAUGGAAGGGCACAAGGUGCAAAGCUAAAUCAACUAUUCCAGUAUAACUUUGUGGAAGCUCGUAACAAGGACGUGUUUAUCCGGCUGCAGUAUGUGAUACGGAAUAUACAGUUGAAGUAUUUAAAAUACAGUUUUAGUAUUACACACAUUAUGAUUUACUGUUAAUCAAGCUAAUCGGUGAAUAAAACUGUUUUGGUCUUUUCUGCAUUCUGCUGCCAAAAAGUAUUGAUGCAACACUGCAGUAGCAGAACAAUGUGAAUUUAAUGCUGACAGUAAACAAACGGUAUGAAACGUAAUACUUGUUUUCUUUUCACUUAUUGAUUAUUUGAAGCUUAUAUAUGAAACCCACAUCUUGCGUUGACCAGAUAUUUUGUGGCUCAUGAUAAACAGUCCUAAUAAAUAAUGUUAGAACAUAUUCACAAAACACAAAAAAAAAAACAUUUUUGCACAGUUUAUACUUUCAGAACGUUUGUGAUUAUUUCUAAAAUAAAG